AUGGCAGAGGUGGGGCAGUGGUGGGUGGUGGUGUGCAGUGGUUUCGGGUGGUCGGUGAUGUGGUUGCGGCCUCGGCAUCUUUGUGGUUCGGGGGUUUACCGGAAACAGGCUCAGCUAGUGAUUAAGAAUGGGCAAAGUACUAGGUUGAAUGAGAUGAACUGGGUGCCAGGAUUGAAUGGCAAGAAACCUGAACUGAGAACUGAGGUGGAUGGAAGUUUAUUUUGGGUGAAAGACCUAAUACUGGCAGGUGGGGUGAAUUGGGAUACUACACUAGUGAGAGCACUAAACCCCAGUUAUUUCUAG